CUAUUCCGGUAGUAGGUAUAACAUUGCCGGGAAGCCAAACACCGCCCGUUCCCCCGAAAAUUUCAAUUUCAAUUUGCAGCUUUCAGUCAGGGCGCCACUCCAAAGAGCACAAACCGCUCGGUUCGUCGUGUCUCUUCAACUCGGCUCUCGCGAAGCAUCAAAGCAACGCAUUAUGCGACGUUGUAUGAUGCAUCAUCAUUCUCAUGCCUAGCGCAAGGCGAAGAAGAAGAACAACAACGAAACACAACGCUUCUCGUUCUUCACAUGGCUUCUCCUUCGCAUCGCUCUCGCAUCGAUCAGUUUUACGCUUCGAAGAAGAGGAAAGCAGCGUCGCCUGUUCCUAAAGCCGGGAGAUUCGAAAAAGGUGCGAGGCAUGGGGCUGAUGAGUCUCCGAGUGCCAAAGGCACUUUGGAGGGUUACUUGGUUUCGUCACAGGACGGUGGUGGUGACGGCUGCGGUGACGCAAACACUGUUAAGGUUAAGAGAAACUUGACAUCGGAGAUUGGUGGUUCUCUUGACAAUGAGCUUAAUAAGCAUACUGUUUCAUUGGGUCAAGGGUGUGGAGAUUCUCAAUCUAUUCAGCCGAGUGAAAUUGGACAGGGUGUGGCGAAAUCGGAGAGGAAACAGUUUGCUGCUGACUUUUUGUCUUUGUAUUGCAGUGUAUUGCAUCCGAGUGUGGGUUUGCCGUUGGAGAUGAAAAUGGAUGAUCACAAGAGACAUGGUUCACCAACAUUAGUAGAGGGAAAUAGUGUUUUACUGCGGAAGAAUAAUGACACUGCUGGUGAGCUAUGUUUCGGUGGUGAAAAUACAUUGUUGAGUGUGAAGAUCGAUGAAGACAUCAAGUCUGGUGUUGUUGGUAAUAAUAAUUCUAUGGGAUGUGUUCCUGGCUCUUGUACGAAGGUUUCUGGUGGUGGUGAUACUACUGGCUUUGAGACAGGCUUUAGGAAAUGUAAUAAUACACCUAAACCAUCAAUGAAAUUGGCUGAAUACUACAACACACCGGGGUCUUUGAUUGUUAAAGCAAGUGUUAGGGAGACUCCAAAGUCAACACGCGGCAGCUCAUCAUUUUCGCCUGGAGAGGCAUUUUGGAAUGAGGCAAUUCAACUUGCUGAUGGUUUGUGUGUUCCCAUGGGUAAUGAUCCUUCUAAGGUUAUGGGAGAAAGUAAUGUGGUGGAAGAGGAACCUGAGAUGAAGAACUCAUGCAAUUUACAAAAUUAUGAUGGCAAACCAAGGAAAAUAUUGGAUCAAAGUAAAAACAGAAUCCGGAAUAGGGAAAUGGGUGCUCCUUUAGGGUUAGUUGGGAUGCACACUAAAGAUUCUGUGAAAGAAGCAUCCAGCCUUCCUGUUAAACAUUUUGAUUUUUCGUUUGAGGACAACAAUUUGGAAGAAAAUACCUUGCAAGACUGUCGUGUUGGUGAUUCAAUCAAUGUUACUUGUGUGGCUGGUAAACAGUAUGAUUCAUGUUCUAUGAUAGGUCAUACAUAUGAAAAGAUGAAUGAAGUGCAAGAGAAUACUUUAGUAGAUACAUUAGGCAAAAGGGUUUGUCAGGAUAAUGUUAGCAUGACAUCUAAUUCACCCCACAAUGAGGUCAGGACACCGAUUAGUGCACAUGCAUCUGAUGAAGCCAGUACUCCUUCAACUAGUGUAUCACUUAAUGAUCAUUUUGACCUAAACAGCUGGCUUCCUCCUGAAAUAUGCAGCAUAUAUAGAAAGAAAGGAAUCUCAAGACUUUACAGUUGGCAGGUUGAUUGCCUUCGAGUGGAUGGUGUCCUACAGAGAAGAAAUCUUGUAUAUUGUGCUUCUACAAGUGCUGGUAAGAGUUUUGUUGCUGAGAUUUUAAUGCUGCGGAGGGUGAUAAUAACUGGAAAAAUGGCACUACUUGUUCUUCCGUAUGUAUCAAUUUGUGCAGAAAAGGCUGAACACCUCGAACGUCUCCUUGAUCCACUUGGUAAACAUGUUCGUAGUUAUUAUGGAAACCAAGGUGGUGGAACACUUCCUAAAGAUACUUCUGUAGCUGUCUGCACUAUAGAGAAGGCAAACUCACUAGUUAAUAGAUUAUUGGAAGAGGGGCGUCUAUCAGAAAUGGGAAUUAUCGUAAUUGAUGAACUGCAUAUGGUUGGUGAUCCAAGAAGAGGUUAUCUACUUGAACUUAUGUUGACAAAGCUUCGUUAUGCAGCAGGGGAAGGUAUUCCAAAAUCAAGUGAUGGAGAAAGUUCCGGUGGAAGCAGUGAUAAGGCUGAUCCUGCCCAAGGUCUGCAAAUUGUCGGAAUGAGUGCAACAAUGCCAAAUGUUGCAGCAGUUGCUGACUGGCUUCAAGCAGCACUAUACCAGACCGAGUUCCGGCCAGUUCCUCUAGAAGAAUAUAUAAAAGUUGGUAAUUCCAUUUACAACAAAAGUAUGGAACUUUGUAGAAUAAUCUCAAAAGCGGCUGAACUUGGUGGUAAAGAUCCAGAUCAUGUUGUUGAACUAUGUAAUGAGGUUGUUCAAGAGGGACACUCAGUUUUAAUAUUUUGCUCUAGCCGGAAGGGUUGUGAGUCAACUGCAAGGCACAUUGCAAAGUUCCUUAAAAGCUUUACUGUUGAUGCUAAUGAUUGUGAGUUUGCCGAUAUUACUUCUGCUAUUAACUCCUUGGGAAAGUGCCCUGCUGGGUUGGACCCCAUAUUACAGGAAACUCUUCCUUCUGGUGUUGCAUUUCACCAUGCUGGCCUUACGGUUGAGGAACGAGAGAUUGUUGAAACCUGUUAUCGGAAGGGCCUUUUACGUGUCUUAACUGCCACGUCAACCUUAGCAGCUGGGGUAAAUCUGCCAGCUAGGAGGGUAAUUUUCCGCCAACCUAGAAUUGGUUGUGAUUUUCUAGAUGGGACGAGGUACAAACAGAUGGCUGGUCGUGCUGGUCGAACUGGAAUUGAUACAAAAGGAGAAAGUAUACUUAUCUGUAAACCAGAAGAACUAAAAAAGGUUUCGGGACUGCUUAAUGAAAGCUGUCCUCCAUUACAUUCCUGUUUGUCCGAAGACAUGAAUGGAAUGACUCAUGCAAUCUUAGAAGUAGUGGCUGGAGGAAUUGUUCAAACUGCUAGCGAUAUUAACCGGUAUGUUAGAUGUACCCUUUUAAAUUCUACAAAACCAUUUCUAGACGUGGUGAAAUCUGCACAAGAAUCCCUUCGAUGGUUGUGCCAAAGAAAAUUUCUUGAAUGGAAUGAAGACACUAAACUCUACAGUACCACACCUCUUGGACGUGCAUCUUUUGGCAGUUCUCUUUGUCCACAAGAGUCACUUAUUGUGUUAGCUGAUCUUUCAAGGGCAAGGGAAGGAUUUGUCCUUGCAUCUGACUUGCAUUUAGUUUACUUGGUGACACCAAUCAAUGUAGAUGUUGAGCCAGAUUGGGAAUUGUACUAUGAGCAUUUUGUGAAAUUGUCUCUGCUUGACCAGUCAGUUGGCAAUCGAGUAGGUGUGACAGAACCAUUCUUGAUGUAUAUGGCACAUGGUGCACCACUACGUGCUUCAAACAAGUCAAGAGAUAAUACAAGAUCAUUGCACAAUCAACGAAGAAAUCAACUUGGGAUUUCCAGUGCAACAGCUAACUAUGAUGAUCAAACACUUCGUGUCUGUAGAAGAUUCUAUGUUGCUCUCAUUUUGUCACUUCUAGUUCAGGAAAUUCCUGUGGGUGAGGUUUGUGAAGCAUUCAAAGUUGCCAGGGGAAUGGUUCAAGCCUUGCAAGAGAAUGCUGGUAGGUUUGCAUCUAUGGUUGCUGUGUUUUGUGAGCGACUUGGGUGGCAUGAUCUUGAAGGCUUAGUUGCUAAGUUUCAAAACCGUGUAUCAUUUGGAGUUAGAGCAGAGAUUGUAGAACUUACCACUAUUCCCUAUGUUAAAGGUUCUCGAGCCAGAUCACUCUAUAAAGCUGGUUUACGUACACCCCAUGCAAUUGCUGAGGCAUCCAUUCCUGAGAUAGUAAAAGCACUUUUUGAAUCUUCAUCAUGGGCCACAGAAGGUUCUGCACAAAGGGGAUUUCAAUUUGGUAUAGCAAAAAAGAUAAAGAAUGGUGCCCGCAAGAUUGUUUUUGAUAAAGCUGAGGAGGCAAGUAACGCUGCUUUCUCAGCCUUUAAAUCACUUGGGUUCAAUGUCCCACAGUUUGAUCCUCAAAUAUUAUCUACUGCUGCUCGUGAUUCUAUCAGGCUAGGAACUGGAAGUACCUCUGGAAGUGACACAACUGAUACUAGUCAUAGUUUUGUUAAUGCAGAUUGCAUUGAUAAUACUAAUAAAUUUACUUUAGAUAAAGAAAAAGAAGACUUAAUAAAAUUAUCUGUUAACGGUACUGUGGCUUCUGUAGAAGGAAAAUCAAGAAGCAGGAUGAUAUGUAGCUUGUCCAGUGUUCCAGUUGCAGGACCUAAAAUGGAUGAACUCAAUAGGACUUCUGACCAUACCAAAAAUGCAGACAUGACCAUUCUCUCUGUUCAAUUGCAGAAACCAAAUGAUAAAUCUGGUGUACAUGAUGGGUGCGAUGCUCAUUGUACAGAGGAAGCGCAUAAGAAUGGAAAUUUGGCUAGUGGUAAUGCUGGUAGUUCCAGCCAGAAAGGUCCCAUUAAUGCAGUUAGUAGUCCUGGUGGGCUUGAUUCAUUUUUGGAUCUAUGGGACUCUAUGCCAGAGUUCUAUUUUGAUAUCCAUUAUAUCAAACGAUUGGAAUUGCACUCUACUGCUCCCUUUGAAAUACAUGGCAUAGCUGUUUGUUGGGAAAACUCUUCUGUGUACUACAUUAAUCUUCCCAGAGAUAUUCUGUUGUCUGACAGUAUAAAAGAUGGCUGUUUAUCCUUGAGUGCAUGCAGUCAUAAGAAGAAAGUUUCAUCUUCUAAUUCUAAGCAAGAUCUAGAGAUUGCUAGAUCUAGAUGGAACAGAAUUAGUAAAAUAAUAGGGAAAAUAAAUGUCAGAAAGUUCACCUGGAAUUUGAAGAUUCAGAUGCAGGUGCUGAAAAGGCCAGCAUUUUCAGUUCAGAGAUUUGGUUGCUUGGACACACUUGGAAAAAGUAUGGACCUUGAAGUUGUAGACAAUUCUUAUGUGUUAUUGCCCCCUAUACAUGUUAAAGAUGCAAUUGAUAUGUGCAUUGUGGCUUGGAUUCUUUGGCCCGAUGAAGAGAGUAGCUCUAGUCCAAACCUGGAUAAGGAGGUAAAGAAGAGGUUAUCCUCUGAGGAUGCUGCAGUCGCCAAUCAGAGUGGCAGGUGGAGGAAUCAGAUGCGAAGGGCUGCUCAUAAUGGUUGCUGCCGUCGGGUUGCUCAAAUACGAGCAUUAAGUUCUGUUCUUUGGAAAUUACUUGUUUCUGAGAAACUUGUUGAAGUGCUUAUGGAUAUAGAAAUCCCAUUGGUGAAUGUUGUUGCUGACAUGGAGCUUUGGGGAAUUGGUGUUGAUUUGGAGAGAUGCAUCCAGGCUCGUAAAUUGUUGAUUAAAAGGCUAAAGCAUCUUGAGAAGGAAGCUUAUAAACUGGCUGGAACGACAUUUUCAUUAAAUAUGCCAGCAGAUAUUGCAAGAGUGCUGUAUGAACACUUGAAGCUGCCCAUACCUGAUGUGCGGAAUAAGGGAAAGCAACAUCCGAGUACUAGCAAGCACUGCUUGGAUGCACUGAGGCAUGAACAUCCCAUUGUUCCAGUCAUUAAAGAACAUCGAACAAUGGCAAAGCUGUUGAACUCUACGUUAGGAUCAAUUUGUUCCCUGGCUAGGCUAUCUGUAAGCACACAGAAGUAUACAUUACAUGGUCAUUGGCUCCAGACGUCCACGGCAACUGGUCGGCUUUCAAUGGAGGAACCUAAUCUUCAGUGUGUUGAGCAUGCAGUAGAAUUCAAAAUGAAAGAUGAAAAUGAAGGUGAUGCUGACGAGAGUUAUUGUACAAUUAAUGCUCGUGAUUUCUUUGUUCCUACUCAGGACAACUGGUUACUGUUAACAGCAGAUUAUUCUCAGAUAGAAUUGAGAUUGAUGGCUCACUUCUCUAAAGACUCUUCACUUGUUGAACUUCUCAGUAAGCCUGAUGGUGAUGUCUUUACAAUGAUAGCAGCAAGAUGGACUGGGUGUCCUGAGGUUUCUGUGUGUUCUAAGGAGAGAGAGCAGACCAAAAGGAUGGUGUAUGGCAUUCUUUAUGGUAUGGGGGUCAAUAGCCUUGCAGAACAACUGGAUUGCACUUCUGAUGAAGCUGCUGAAAAGAUUGCUAACUUCAAAAGCUCUUUUCCUGGUGUUUCUUCCUGGCUUCUUGAAGCCGUUGCGUCUUGUCGCAGUAAAGGAUAUGUUGAGACUCUUAAGGGAAGAAAAAGGUUUUUGUCAAAAAUAAAAUAUGGCAGCAGUACAGAAAAAUCAAAAGCUCAGAGGCAAGCUGUAAAUUCCAUUUGUCAGGGAUCUGCGGCAGACAUAAUUAAGAUUGCAAUGUUAAGAAUUUACUCUGCAAUUGUCACUGGAUUUGAUAGUCCAGAUUCCAGUUCUUCACUAGCAACCAAGUUUCACAUGCUUAAAGAUCGUUGCCGGAUUCUGUUACAGGUACACGAUGAAUUAAUGUUGGAAGUUGAUCCUUCUGUGAUAAAAGAAGCAGCCCUACUAUUGCAGACAAGCAUGGAGAAUGCGGUCUCACUUCUUGUUCCUUUGCAUGUCAAACUUAAGGUUGGAAGAACAUGGGGAUCUUUGGAGCCAUAUACAUCCGAUAAAUUCAACAAUGCCACUCUUGUGGCUGAAUCCUGAAGCACAGAGGUUAUUUUUAUGACCCAAGGAUAAAGUAUUUGAUGAUGUUGAGGAUGCAUUCUCCAUAAUUGAUUCGGAGGUUUGGUGUGGUGGGGAAUUAUCCGAAUGCCCAAGGGAAGAAUUAUGACGAAGAGGCUUACGGUGUAUAGUAUCUGGAGUCCUCGCUGAGUAAUAGACAAAAGGGUAAUGUUUUGUGUACACCCAUAUGCUGAAAAAGAAAUAGAAGAUAGCGAAGUGAUAGAUGUCACAAGUAAUGUGACACGAGAAGAAAACGAUCCAGGCAGUGUGUCAAAUGAGUGUUUGUAAUAUUGACGUGUCCAUGUCAUUCAAAAUAAAAUGAGUUUCAGUGCCUAGCCACUGAUAGCACUGCUAUUUUUCAUUAAAUCCUUUUUUAUGAUAGGAAUACAAAUUUUUUUAGGGAUCUGUAUAUACUCAAGUAUCUGGCUGUAGGGUUGAGUUGGAAAGAAAAAUGAACAUGAUCUUCUCUCCCCAUUGUAUCAUUCAAAGCUAAUGUAAAGCGAAUUCAUUUUACAUUUGUUUAGUGAUUUAUUGAAUUCCCAAA